GGCAAAGCCCUCCUCAUGGCUGAGUUCUUGCCCCUGCUGUCUGGGGUGCCCCCACUGACCCAGGGUCAUUCCCAGGAUUCAGUUGUCUCCCCAGCUGAAUGCCAGAGCCAGCAGCCACAGGAUGAUGAGCCCUGGAGGCUCCUGGAAGUGCCCUCCAUUCAGAUAACACCGUCAAGUGAUGGGGAGUCACCUCACUGCACCCCAAGGCCCCAGCGCCUACAGCUGCUAAGGACCUCAGACUUGGAUAGUUUGCUCCAGGACAGUACCAGCCCCCACUCUGGCCGGAGCACGCCAAGCAGCUCACCAUCUCUCCGUAAGCGGCUGCAGCUCUUACCCCCAAGCCGACCCCCACCUGAGCCAGAACCAGGCACCAUGGUGGAGAAGGGGUCAGAUAGCUCCUCAGAGAAGGGUGGGGUGCCUGGGACACCCAGCACCCAGAGCCUGGGCAGCCGGAACUUCAUCCGCAACAGCAAGAAGAUGCAGAGCUGGUACAGUAUGCUGAGCCCCACGUACAAACAGCGGAAUGAGGACUUCCGAAAACUGUUCAGCAAACUCCCUGAAGCUGAACGCCUCAUCGUGGAUUACUCCUGUGCCUUGCAGCGUGAGAUCCUCCUCCAGGGCCGCCUCUAUCUCUCCGAGAACUGGAUCUGCUUCUACAGCAACAUCUUCCGCUGGGAGACAACAAUUUCCAUCCAGCUGAAGGAAGUGACGUGCCUAAAGAAGGAAAAGACGGCCAAGCUGAUCCCCAACGCCAUCCAGAUCUGCACAGAGAGUGAGAAGCAUUUUUUCACCUCCUUUGGAGCCCGGGACCGCUGCUUCCUGCUCCUUUUCCGCCUCUGGCAGAACGCGCUGCUUGAAAAGACGCUGAGUCCCCGCGAGCUCUGGCACCUGGUGCAUCAGUGCUACGGCUCAGAGCUGGGUCUCACCAGUGAGGAUGAGGACUAUGUCUGCCCCUUGCAGCUGAAUGGCCUGGGGAGCCCUAAGGAAGUGGGUGAUGUGAUUGCCCUGAGUGAUAUCACCCCCUCAGGGGCAGCCGACCACAGCCAGGAGCCAAGCCCAGUGGGUUCACGCCGUGGCCGCAUCACCCCCAACCUUUCCCGAGCCAGCAGCGAUGCAGACCAUGGGGAAGCCCUCAGGCUGGGAUGGAAAGGAUGGAAAUGGGACAAGGCUGAAUUAAGUCAUUCUCUGCAGGCAGAGGAGGACAAGGAGGAGCAGACAGACAGACAGCCAGACGCCUCUUCUAGCCAGAUGGUGACUCCAGCGGCUGAACCGCCGAGCACAGAGCCCACUCCACCUGAAGGACCUGUUUCCCUGGGCCCCUUGGAUCUGCUGCCCAGCGAGGAGCUGUUGACAGACACGAGUCACUCCUCCUCGUCCACAGGGGAAGAAGGUGAAGCAGCGGACCUGGCUGCCCUGCAUCCUGACCUCUCUGGCCGUCUCCUCAUCAAUUCUGUCUUCCAUGUGGGCGCCGAACGGCUCCAGCAGAUGCUCUUCUCAGACUCACCUUUCCUGCAGGGCUUCCUGGAGCAGUGCAAGUUCACAGACGUGACCUUGAGCCCCUGGAGUGGGGACAGCAAGUGCCAUCAGCGCCGAGUGUUGACCUACACCAUUCCCAUCAGCAACCCGCUGGGUCCCAAGAGUGCCUCAGUGGUGGAGACUCAGACACUGUUCCGGCGCGGCCCACAGGCAGGCGGCUGUGUGGUGGACUCGGAGGUGCUGACGCAGGGCAUCCCUUACCAGGACUACUUCUACACUGCCCACCGCUACUGCAUUCUGGGCCUUGCCCGGAACAAGGCCCGUCUUCGAGUGUCCUCUGAGAUCCGCUACCGGAAGCAGCCCUGGAGCCUCGUGAAGUCUCUCAUUGAGAAGAACUCGUGGAACGGCAUUGAGGAUUAUUUCCACCACCUGGAGCGAGAGCUUGCCAAGGCCGAGAAGCUGUCCCUAGAGGAAGGCGGGAAGGACUCCCGGGGAUUGCUGUCAGGCCUGCGGAGGCGGAAGCGGCCCUUGAGCUGGAGGGGUCAUGGUGAUGGGCCCCAGCACCCAGACCCCGACCCCUGCACCCGGGCUGGCAUGCACACCUCGGGCUCCCUUAGCUCCCGUUUCUCAGAACCGACCACGGACCAGGGCCCCGGGACAGGCAUCCCCAGUGUCCUGGUGCUCAUCAGCAUUGUGAUCUGUGCGAGCCUCAUCAUCCUCAUCGCCCUCAAUGUUCUCCUCUUUUACCGCCUCUGGUCCCUGGAGAGGACGGCCCACACCUUUGAGUCCUGGCACAGUCUGGCCCUGGCCAAGGAGCCCUGCACCCUACACAGCAAGUUCCCCCAGACGGCUGCAGAAUGGGCGGAGGUCCUGGCCCUGCAGAAGCAGUUCCACAGCGUUGAGGUGCACAAGUGGAGGCAGAUCCUGCGGGCCUCAGUGGAGCUUCUGGAUGAGAUGAAGUUUUCACUGGAGAAGCUGCAUCAAGGCAUCACUGUCUCAGACCCUCCCUUCGACUCCCAGCCACAGCCCGAUGAUAGCUUCUCCUGAGGACGUCUGGCCACACAGUUGUCCCUGCAAAUGGUCAGAUGGACACAAUCUCGGUGACCACUGCUGGCACAGUGUGAGCACCGGGAACCUCCUGCCCACCCAUCCCGGUGGCCUGGCCAGGGGCCAUGCAGGCACGGGGACCACAGAACUGAGAUGCACUUUAGACCAGCGUGUACGAGUGCAGCUGCCGUCGCCUGCCCAGCCAGGGCGCUGGCCUGGCCUUCGGCAGGCUCCCUGCUAACUUAUUUUGUCCGGCUGGGGUUGUGGAGAGCACCUCCUGGGGUGCCAGAUUCCCUCAGCUCUGGGUUUAAUAUAUUGUAUUUAUUUGGGCUGACAGAGCCCCAAUAAAGAGUUGGAAAUGGC